AUGACAGAGUCUCUUCCCCCGCGGGUGACGCACCAACAGUUGGAGAAAAUGCAGUGGGCUGGAGGAUACGUUUUCCUGAUCCUGGCAUCCCUUAUCGCCUCUCACACCACCGGGGCCUUAUCAGUGGACACGGACGCAAACCAAACAGAGAGCGGCAAUGUGACAGACGGAUUUGGCCCGGUUGUGUUCACAAAAGUGAGCCAGAUAAUUGCCCGUGAGGGGAACUGUGCGCUGAUUGAUUGCAAUAUCACCGGGGAGCCGUUCCCCAGUGUUCAGUGGUUCAACUCCCAUGGAGAGCGCCUGGACACGGAGACUAAUGGGGAGAAAUGGUGGCUGAUGGAUUCGGGGAUCCUCAACAUCACCAACAUCGAGUUUGCAGACCGUGGGAAGUACACCUGCAUGGCGUCCAACGCUCUGGGCAGCUCUAACUGCACGGUGACUCUGCGUGUGGUCAUCACUAACGGCGACAUGGGCGUGUACUACAUGGUGGUGUGUUUGGUGACCUUCACCAUCAUCAUGGCCCUGAACAUCACGCGCCUCUGCAUGAUGAGCAGCCACCUGAAGAAGACGGAGAAAGCCAUCAACGAGUUCUUCCGCACCGAGGGCGCCGAGAAGCUUCAGAAGGCCUUCGAGAUCGCCAAGCGGAUCCCCAUCAUCACCUCGGCCAAGACGCUGGAGCUGGCCAAGGUCACACAGUUUAAAACCAUGGAGUUUGCGCGGUACAUCGAGGAGCUGGCGCGCAGCAUCCCCCUCCCGCCGCUCAUCAUGAACUGCCGCACCUUCAUGGAGGAAAUCCUGGAGGUGGUGGGGGUGGACGAGAUGAGACACACCUUCCUCAGACAGUCGCCCGAGGGGUGCCGCGAGAUCGUCACCAGGAGCAUCGGGGCGAGGGACGUGUUCACCAUCCUGCAGGAGAGGGAGAUGGAGCGAGGGCGAGAGAGGGAGCGCAGCGAAUCGCCCGCCGCCGACUCGGACAACUCGUCGGUCCACGAGCAGCCGCAGCACAUCGCCAUCCAGGUGUCGGUGCACCCGCAGCUCGCCAUCGAAGGUUGCUGCAGCAUCGAGGCUCCUCCCCCUCAGCCAGAGACCACGCCCUCAUCGCCCCCCCCCUCUUCCCCACCUCCACUCCCUCCUCUGGAACAGGAGGAGGAGGAGCCGGAGCUGGAGCCUGAGGCAGCAGUAGAGCAGGAAGUAGAGCAGGAAGUAGAGCAGGAAGUCAAGCAGGCAGUAGAGCAGGCAGUAGAGCAGGAAGUAGAGCAGGAAGUGGAGCAGGAAGUGGAGCAGGAAGUCGAGCAGGAAGUAGAGCAGGCAGAGUCCGAACCCAUAGACGACAGUAAACCCGCCCCCUGCCAGGUGUUCUACGAGAGCCACGUGUGACGAGACAAACGAACCCUUGAGGAGCGAAGAGUUAUCCUGCUAUGCAUUUCCACUUGAAGGUCAAAGGUCAAAUAAACAAUCACAUUUGUAUCCAUCUUUCCUGAACGAAACAAUCCUGAAACCUUUGUAGGCGACUGAGAAAAGACACUUUAGCGGGUUCCCUCUCUGGACUCUCAUGCUUGAAUGUACAUGGCAGGGGUAAUCAAUAUUAUUAAUGUAAUAAGCAGCGAAUUGUAAAGGAUCACGUGAUUUUCAUAGCUCAGAUUUGAUGAUUUCUUUUCGGUUUUUUUGUUUCUGACAAUGCGAGGGGUUUUAUGACUUACUCCAGAAAACUGCCUCAAGCUGGUCUUCGUGCCGUUUCCUCAAACCGUGAACACUAAGCUUCUUUCAUCCGCUCCAGAAUCACAUCCAGCUUCUGCAGAGCUACAGCUGAUCUGCUGUUAGUGAACAACGUCCUGCUCAAAUAGAGAGGCAUGCUCGGUCACUACUUCAUGAUCGUACGGGCUACGAGUAAGCCAGGUUAAUCUAUGUGUGUACAGUAUAUUACAGGACCGGGUCACACACACCUCUGGGUAGAGUUUUUGUGUUUUAACUGAAAUAUUUCUAAUAGUAUUACCCAUUGUGGUGUGAUUUUGUGUCUCAGCUAGCAGUUUUAAUUUAAAUAUUUUUUGUUUCUUUUCCUCCGCUUUGUGCCGUUUUUAAUUUAUUUAAUUCCCGACCUGCUCUCGGCACCUUCUUGCUUCUGCAGAGGCUUUACACUAGUACCGUUGCAUUUUUGCUGCAUGUGAACGUUGGGACUGAAAGGUCCUUCUUCCUUUGCUUGGAGAGGAGCUGGACGUGUUCUGCUUUUACUGGUGCUCUUAAAGAUGGCUCUUUUUUUGUAGUGGAUUAAAUGAAAGUGCUGUGUUAAAAAAGACAUUGGUAUUUUUUUUUUGCCCAGACAUAAACACAGCUUCAUCUACUAUGACUUCACGGCUCAUCGAGGGAAUUCAUCUCCUUUUCCUACAACCAUACGUGUUAAAACUUGAACUGAGAUAAGUCUCAUUCAGAGGGGCUUUAGACAAAGUAGUUUAAAAACCCUUCUGUCUUUAAAAGAAGUCAAAUACAUCAAUCCAGAAGUAUAUAUGUAUCCCUGCAGUCCCAAAUCUAUAACAAAUCAUACACAAAAAUCCUCAUAACUCCAAUACUUUUUUGAAGUUACUUUUGAAGUAUCAAGGUAAUGAUUAUAAUGACCUGUUCUUCCAUGAGUACACGGCAAACAGGAACUGCUUAUAGCUAAUUCUGCUUACUUAACGCGGUGCCAAUCUGCCAAAAAAUAAAUAUAUAUAGAAGAUAGGAUACUAACAUUAUUUAAGCCAACCGAUACACAAGGUGUUUACAGAGCUCGAUAUCUUCCAUUGUCUGUCUCUGUUUGCAGGAGAAAAGAGCAAAAAGGACAGAAAGUGUGCUUGCUUUGUUCAUGCAGGAAGGUCUAUAUAUUAACCAGUACAACAGCUGUGAUACCACUUGCAACCAGGACAUUUACAGUAUACCAAAUACACCCUGUUUUAAUAAAAAAUACUUAACAAAA